AGGCAGGACUCAGAAGCAUGUGGAAAAACGACUGAAGAAUUAAGGGAGCAGUUGUUGUGAAUUCAUCUGCUCUUUCCUGUGUUGCUGUCGCGCGUGCGUGUCCUCCGACGGCCCCCGAUCCCAUCCUCCUCGUCCCGCCGCCGCCUCCUUCACCGGGACCAAAUGCAGCGGGUCGUCGUCAUGCGCCACGGCGAUCGCCUCGACCACUCCGAGCCUAUGUGGCCAGCCAACAAGCCGUGGCCCUGGGACCCGCCGCUCGACGACGCCGGACUCCUCCGCGCCUGGACCGUCGGGAAGUGCAUCAGGGCCGCCGCCGCCAAGCAGGGAUGGGCCCUCCACCGGGUCCUCGUCUCCCCGUUCCUGCGAUGCCGACAGACCGCCGCGCGGGCGGUCGCCGCGCUAUGCGCCGUCCCCGACGACGACGCGCUGCUCGCGGUCGGCGACCCGGACAAUGUGCCCCUCGACACCUCACGCAUCAAGGUGUCUAUCGAGUAUGGAUUGUCUGAGAUGAUGAACACUCAAGCAAUGGGUGUUAUUGUUAGCAAGCUAGCUUCCAGCAUCAACAAGUGGUUCCCUGACUUACCAGAGCUCGAAGCCGACUUCCCGGCUGGAACCAUCGACCAUUCUGCAGAACCAAUCUACCCGGAGGUACCGAAGUGGGAGGAAUCUGUCAUGGAGGCAAGAAGCAGAUAUGCAAGCAUCAUCAAGGCUCUUGCUGACAAAUAUCCUCAUGAAAACCUGCUCUUAGUAACACACGGUGAGGGUGUUGGUGCAUCGGUGUCUUACUUUGAGAUGGGACUAGAGAUCUACGACGUGGAAUACUGUGCUUACUCUGUUCUGGAGAGGCAGGUGUCUGCGGAGCUUGAUGAUGAGCAUGGGGGCUUUACCGCGGAUAGCUUCAAGGUGCUGACAAAGAGUGGCAGCACAGGCAUCCGAUACGCCUCGGUGUCAGAGGGCUAGUUUGUUGGUUGAGCAGUACUGGAACUGACUCCAUCACGGUGAACCAAUAUUUACCGGUUGCUUAUUACAUUCUGUCCCCAUUAAUUCAGCUUGCAGGUGGAUACACCUGGUGUUCUACAUAUACUUGAUUCUGAGUUCGUAAUGUAGUAGCUAGGAUUGCUUUGUUUGUUUCAUAUAGCAUGGUCAGUGCAGGGGAUGAAUAAACAAACGUGCUAGUAGAUUUUUUGAAGUAGGAAUAAGUGGAUUGCCUUUUUAACACUUUCAAUUCAACGUCGAGUACUCAUAUCAA